AUGUUUGCAUUUCCUGUAAUUUUGAUAUGUUUUCUGGUCACGGGAAUUGAUGCCUGGGGACGGGUGGAAGUCUUUGCUGAUCGUUUUGAAGAUGACAUAAUCGAUGUCAACAAGUGGAACGUGGCCGACGCUAAAACAGCUACGCUGACCAGCGGUGGCCCCGUCAAUGCGCAGCAGGUGCUAAUCCAAAACGACGCUACGCAAGUCUGGGAAAAGGAGCACAAAAUGUUCCUUCUAACCAACCCCCCGGUGAUGUUCAAUGCAACACCACCCCACCUCUUCCUCACCGCUCGCGUGGACACACGAAGCAAGUUUUCCUACCAGUACGGCGAAGUAGAAUGGAGUGUACAGAUGCCGCUGGGCCGCGGCGUAUCAGCCAGCCUCUCUCUGAUCCCCGAUGACUGCAAGAAUGACCCCUGCGACCACCAGAUCGACCUGCUUUACCGCGGGGAUUUCCCGAACCGCGUGACCUUUAUGGUGCGCUCUUCGUACCAGUAUAGCAGCACGUCGGAUACGCAGCACGAUGGAAUUGAUAUCACCCUGUCUAACAGUCUGGCGACGAAUUUCAAUAAAUUCCGUAUCCUGUGGGAUGACCAGCAGGUUAAGUUGUACGUGAACUUUCAGGACAAUCAACCGGAGAACUUCGCCAUUAUCGAUAAUCCGUCUCUGCUGCCACAUGUUCCCAUGCACAUCCGCAUGGAUACCUCGGUGGGAGGAUGGUAUGCCGGAUUGCCGAAUACGCAGAGUUCGAGAGAAGCAUCGUUUUUAAUUAUUGAAGAGGUUACGGUUCAUCGCUGGCAGUAA